UCAUCAUGAUUAAAAGAUUUUCCUCCGCGAAGAAGUCGACUUAAUAAAAAAAUUUGUGCCCACAAGAAAAAUCUAAAUACCCGUUUGCAACCGUCAGUCCUAAGUUCGUGUGUCUUUAUAUUUUGGAAAAGUUUAUGUGUUUUUCUUUAUAUUAUACAAAAAACAAAAUUAAUCUAAAUUAUUUAUUAUUUACUGACAAUUGGACCUAAUGUCAGCGAAAAGUCGAUUGGCUUGGGAGGGGGUUCUUCAAUUGAUAUAUUGAAAACAAUUCUAUAUCGUUUGACCACGACCCCUGCUAUCGUCUUAUCCGUCGGGAUCCGCAUCCGAAUAAUAACUAGAACUUUUAUCUAGUAAUUUUGUCUUGUAAACUAUUUAAUUUGCCCUUCCUCUCUAAAGGCGCAGGUUUCAAAGAAUGAAAUUUAAUUCAAGAAAUUAGACUAAUUACAAGAAAGGUGUCGGCGAGUUUUUUUCUUUUCUAUAUAUACACUCCCAAUGCACCGCCUUAUGUCAUUAUUAACUGACAACGGAGACUCCUCUUUUACAAUCAAAUAAGAGGUAUCUAUCUCAGUGGGGGAGUGACGCUGAUAGCUCUAACGAAGCCCUAAGCUUUUUUAAAGAUCAUUUAGAUCUCAAAGAUUUACUAAAGUAAGAACAUAAAAGAAAAUCUACUGUGUGAGAUGGGAAGGAGAAAAUUUGGUUUGUGAACUCAUGAUUUCGUGCUGAAGAGAACUCGCAUCGAAAGACGGCCGCAUCAAUACACUGGCUUUUUAAUUUAUAAAAUUUGUAAAUUGCUUAGGUUGUCAGAAAUCUAGUUGACCGCGUUUAUUAAAAAACGUUCAAAAUAUGGCGAACUUUGAUGCUUUUGAUCGAAAUAGUUGGUACUUUGGACCAAUGUCACGACAAGAUGCCACUGAAGUUUUAAUGAAUGAACGUGAAAGAGGUGUAUUUCUAGUCCGUGAUAGUAACUCAAUUCGAGGCGAUUAUGUUUUAUGUGUUCGAGAAGACACCAAAGUAAGCAAUUAUAUUAUAAAUAAAAUCCAACAACAAGAUCAAAUAGUCUACAGGAUUGGUGACCAGUCAUUUGAGGAUUUACCUGAGUUAUUGUCAUUUUAUAAAUUACAUUAUUUGGAUACAACACCGUUACGUCGACCAGCGCCAAGGAAACAAGAAAAAGCCAUAGGAAAAUUUGAUUUUGAAAGCAAUGAUCACGAUGACUUACCAUUCCGACGUGGUGAAAUUUUAACAAUAAUUCGCAAAGAUGAAGAUCAGUGGUGGACAGCAAAAAAUUCUCUGGGACAAAUUGGUCAAAUUCCUGUACCAUAUGUACAAAAGUAUGAUGACAAUUCUGAAGACAAUAGCAUAGAACGUCCAAACUCUGGAGGCAGUGGUUGCGGUAAUAUCAUAAGUGGAACUAAUUCAACCUCCAGAACGAGAGUCUUAAGUGGUGGAAGUGGAGGUGGUGGCAGUGUUGGCGGGGGUAUAGCUAUUCAAAGUUCACAUCAGUUAGGCAAUGCCUUAAAGAAGUCAGAUUUAAACCGAAAGCUACCUGCUUAUGCUCGUGUGAAACAAGCUCGUGUUCCAAAUGCUUAUGACAAAACCGCCCUUAAAUUAGAAGUCGAUGACAUAAUUAAAGUAACCAAAACGAACAUCAACGGACAAUGGGAGGGUGAGCUUAAAGGCAAGAAAGGCCAUUUUCCCUUUACUCAUGUUGAAUUCAUCGACAACGAAAUGGAUUCGCUUAAAUGCAGCACAAGUAAUAAUUGUAGCAAUAAUGUACCAAAUGCCAAUGAUUGGGGCGAAUAAAGCAUACGAAAUAAUGGAGUUAAGCCACCGUCAAAAAACCAAAAAAACAUGAAUUAAAAUAAAAGAAAAGGAGAACAAAAAUAUUUGCAUGCGAUAAAUGUUUCUUUUUUAUUUAAUUUUAAUCGAUGUUUUGUCCACCUUUCUCGAACUUUUAACUCUUAGAAUUUGAAAUACAAACAUAUAUUAAAAAAUUAUAAUAUUAGAGUGUACCUAAAUGUAAAAACAAAACAAAUAAAAGAAAUAUUUUGGGUGUAUUUCCUGUAAAGACACCUCAUCAACAUAAUUUAAUGAUAAUAUAAAAACAAAAAUCAAAAAGUUAACAAUGUAAUAAUGUAAAUAAAUAUAUAUUUUUUAAAAUUAGACAUCAAAAAGAAUAAAUGAAUAAACUGAUUGUAAAUACAACGAUGAGAAAGAGUUAUCAGCAGGUUUAUUUUUUUGUUGUUGUUUAUUUGAAGCACAAAGCAUUUGUCAUAAUUUCAAAACUUAUUAAAUAUGCCAUUCGAAACGA